UCGACAUGGCUGCCAGAGUGCGUCGCUGCUUGACAGCUCGAUAAACUUGACGUUUACCUAACCAAUAAAUGUUUAUAUUCGGUUUAUACGCUUUAUUACGACAUGGCUUUAAAUGGAUUUUUUGAUUUCUUCCAGAAGGGAAGAACCUUCAGACCGAAGAAGAAGUUUGCUCAUGGUACGAUCAGGUAUAGCUUGCACAAACAAGCCUGUGCUAGUCUCAACUCAGGGAUUAAUUUGAGAGGUGCAGUCAAACUACCAGAGGGUGAGGAUUUAAACGACUGGAUAGCCGUUCAUGUUGUGGACUUUUUCAACCGAAUAAACUUAAUCUACGGCACAAUUUCCGACUACUGCACCGAGCAAACAUGUCCGACUAUGUCCGGGGGACCACGUUUCGAAUAUCUUUGGGCUGAUGGAGAAAAGUACAAGAAACCGACACCUUUACCAGCCAAGGAAUACAUCAGUAAUUUGAUGGACUGGAUCGAAGUACAAAUAAACAAUCCAGCUCUUUUCCCAUGCACCUCUGAUCUUCCUUUCCCAAAAAAUUUCGAAAAACUUUGCAGCAAAAUUUUGGCAAGAUUACACCGAGUGUUUGUCCACGUUUACAUACAUCACUUCCAAAACAUAGUCACUAUAGCUGCGGAAGCCCACGUGAACACGUGCUACAAGCACUUCUACUACUUCGUGACCGAGUUUGACUUGGUCAGCCAGAAGGAGUUAGAACCGUUGGCAGUUAUGGCGUCCAAAAUCUGCAAGGAUUGUUAGGUUAAGUCAAGAUGGCGGACUGAUUUACUCGAAUUUUGCAUUAACUCGACAUUUUUUAUUAAUCGUAUAGGGUAUAUACUGGAUAGUUAUUAACGUGUCACGUGACUAAUCAAGUACAUGUUUUCUUUCCAUUUCGAAUUUUAUCAGGGUUUUUAGUUUAUGUUAUGUUAGAUUAAUUUAGGGCCAGUUCAAAUCUUGUUGCUGUGUUUUUUUAAUAACUUUAUUUUCUUAUACUUAUUUAAUGUUUCUCGAAGUUAUUUAUAAUGAAUGACCUGGAAGAGGUUGUGGAUUGUUGUUUAAAUUAACGUUUCGUCAGCCAUAUUUGUAUAUAAGUUACGUUGUGAAAAUAUUUAGUGGUCAGUAUUAAAAUAUUAACUCCACAUCACUCAAACUAAGUCACAAUUAUGUAGUUUAGGUUAAAUUUAUACAAUAAAACCAAAGCAGUUACUUCAAA